UGGGUGCGGGGGAGGCGGGGGCGGCGGCCAUGGCGGCGGGCGGGGAGGAGGAGGGCUGCGAGCACUACCGGCGUGGCUGCCUGCUGCGGGCGCCGUGCUGCGGGAAGCUGUACGCCUGCCGGCUGUGCCACGACGGCGCCGAGGGGCACCGGCUGGACCGCUUCCGCGUGGCCGAGGUGCAGUGCACCCGCUGCCGCCUUCUGCAGAAGGCCCAGCAGCGCUGCGAGGGCUGCCACAACCUCUUCGGCGAGUACUACUGCGGUAUCUGCCACCUCUUCGACCGCGACAAGAAGCAGUACCACUGCGCCGAGUGCGGCAUCUGCAGGAUCGGGCCAAAGGAGGAUUUUUUCCACUGUUCAAAAUGCAAUUUAUGCCUAAGCUUGAGUCUUCAAGGAAAGCACAAGUGUAUUGAAAACGUCUCCAGGCAGGACUGUCCGAUAUGUUUGGAGGAUAUUCACACAUCUCGUGUUGGAGCUCAUGUUCUGCCAUGUGGUCAUCUUCUGCACAGAACAUGUUACGAGGACAUGCUAAAGGAAGGUUACAGGUGUCCUUUGUGCAUGCACUCAGCUUUAGAUAUGACAAGGUACUGGCGUCAGCUGGAUGACGAAGUAGCACAGACUCCUAUGCCCACAGAGUAUCAGAACAUGAUGGUCGAGAUCCUUUGCAAUGACUGUAAUGCCCGGUCUACAGUGCAGUUCCAUCUCCUAGGCAUGAAGUGCAAAAACUGUGAGUCAUACAAUACUGCCCAAGAUGGAAGAUGUCAGCUGCCUUUGGAGGAGCAGUGACCGAGAUACAUGCUGCAUUCGGCUGGAUGAGGAGGACCCUGCUGUGAAAGACACCACGUUAAAAAAAAAAACCCAACCACCAAACUUGUCGGUAAAAACUUAUUCAAAGUUGUCACAGCACUGGUGAAACAGUUACAAGAUUUAAUUCUGGUGCAAAGGAGUUUUGCUAAUCACACACCCCUCCCUAGUACCUGGGGCAUGGUGCGGUCAGGCCCUUGAGGAUAUUUCCCUGUCGAGCAGUGCAGUGCCCGAAGGAGGUUGGUGUCUGGAGAGAACAGCACCCUUCAAAAGAGCCAUUUACUGUGUCAGAGAAGAGACAGCCUAGAAGAAUAACUAAUGAGAUGCAAAAUGAGAAGUGAUAAGCAGCUGACACAGCAGAAGAUGUUUUGGGGCAGCUGAAGGUUGUGAGCUAACAGGAGGUGGAGGUAUAGCAGCCAUUCUGGUUGCAGCUGUUGGGGAAAAUUUAUAGGUUUGAGAGUGGCCUUUUUACAUAAAGUUGACAUCUGCAAAGUUUUUUAUGUAAGUACUUUUUGUUCCUUUUAAAUGACGUGUUUGUUCUAGGGCCUUGGAGCCAUCGGUGUGAGUGGCUGGAGAGGGUGUGAGCUUGCAGAAAUUGCAUCCUUUGGCUUGAUUUCUGGAUGCAUGAAUUUCUGGAAGCACAUGCAGAAUUUGCUUUGAAACAAGGCUGGCCUGCCUGCGUAGGUGUGGUGAACGGCCUAAAAACCAAGCUGCAAGGCUGCCUUCUGCCCCGGCCACCCAUCUGACCUGCCAUCUCUUCACUUGGAUGCCUUUGCCAGCUACAGUUGUGUUCACACCCGCUCGUUCCUUGUUUUAUUUACGUACAAAGGCUGAGGUGUCGUAGGGUUUUAGACGCUUACGUAGCUUGAUGUUCUGAUAAGUGAAGCACAUACAAUUGUCUUGUCAGGAUGGACAGCGGGCCAGUGGGUUGGGCUGAGCCCAAGAUGUUUGUUAAAGUACCAGCAGCUCAUAGAGGCACUCAGGUAGUGCAGGGACCAAUUUGUUGUGUUUUGGGGUUUUUUUAAUGGUAUCUGAUUUCACUGGGGGGAGAGAACAGAGGAGGGCUUUUUAAAAAAAAAACAAACCAACCCCAACAAACCUCGCCCUUUUCAUAUAAGGUGUUUUGCAGUCUAAGUGUGAAAGUUCUUAGUUUCAGUGCAAAUAGUCUCCAAUAAUGAAAGUACUUAACUGGGCUUUGGGGCUUUAUUGUUCACCAUAUAACUACUUGCUUUUGUGUUACUCCUCUGUAAAACGACAGCUUUUCUUAAUCCGACUGCCCCUUUAUGUCUGAAACACUAGGACUCGGGUGGUAGUCUUACUGUAGCCUGCCUUUUACUGGGGUAUUGUGUUUUUUCUGAAGCACUUUUCUCACUGCUAUAAAUAAAUGUAAAAUAACAUCUCUAUUAAAACAAAUGACACU